AUGGCCGACUACUCAAAUCACAAUCGUGGUCAGGAGGACGAAGAGGAUGAAGAAGACAUUGACGAAACAGGCUACAAAACAAUCAAAGAUGCUGUUCUGUUUGCUAUCGAUGUCAGCUCGACCAUGCUCACCAAACCCCCCCAACAAGACUCGAAAAAAGCUGAUCGUGAUACUCCUACCAUUGCUGCCCUAAAAUGCGCCUAUUCUUUGAUGCAGCAGCGCAUCAUAUCCAAUCCCAAUGACAUGAUGGGCAUUCUUCUCUUCGGUACCGAAAAGUCCCGCUUCCAAGAUGAGUCUACCUCAUCCAGAGGUCUCUCCUACCCACAUUGCUACCUCUUGACCGACCUCGAUGUUCCUGGCGCCAGAGACAUCAAGCGUCUGCGUGAUCUUGUCAACGAUGAGGACGAGGCCAACCAACUCCUUCGACCUUCCAACGACCCUGUUUCAAUGGCCAACGUCUUGUUUUGCGCAAAUCAAAUCUUCACCACAAAAGCUCCCAAUUUCUCCUCGAGGCGCCUGUUCCUGGUCACCGACAAUGACACCCCUCACAACGACGACAAAGCCUUGAGGUCUGCCGCCGCUGUCAGAGCAAAGGAUCUGUACGAUUUGGGUGUUGAUAUUAUUUACAGCGCUAUUCCAUCAGAUCCGGAUGCCCCUGCACCUGUUACCAAGGCCUCUAGAGCUUCAGCCAGCGGUGACGGUCUCACUCUGCUGCAGUCGCUGUUGUCCAACAUCAAUUCAAGAUCUGCCCCAAGACGUGCCUUGUUCUCAAACAUGGCUUUCGAGAUUGGCCCGGGUCUAAAAAUUUCUAUCAAAGGUUACAUCAUAAUCAAGCGUCAAGAGCCCGCCAGAAGUAGCUACGUUUACACUGGAGGAGAAAGGCCUCAGCUUGCUGUAGGCUCUUCGACACUCCAAGCAGAAGACACGGCAAGAUCUGUCGAGAAGGUUGAGAUCCGCAAAGCAUACAAGUUUGGUGGCGAGACUGUGUCCUUCACACCAGAGGAGAUCGCAGAAAUCAAAAGCUUCGGCGAUCCUGUGCUUCGCAUCAUCGGCUUCAAGCCCCUGAGUAUGCUGCCUAUCUGGGCAAACUAUCGUCCAUCUACCUUUAUAUACCCCUCGGAAGAAGACAUUAUCGGCAGCACAAGAGUCUUCUCCGCCCUACAGCAGAAGCUUCUCAAAGACCAAAAGAUGGGUCUCGCUUGGUACAUUCCUCGUCGCAACGCAACGCCUACACUUGCUGCUGUCAUUCCAGGAGCAGAGAGGCUGGAUGACGACGGAGUGCAGGUCAUGCCACCAGGCCUGUGGAUUCAUGUGCUUCCUUUCGCGGACGAUGUUCGUCAAAUACCUGACACAUCAGUGGUCCAAGCACCUGAUGUCCUUGUCGAUAGGAUGAGGAUGGUUGUUCAGCAGUUGCAACUACCAAAAGCUGUGUACGAUCCCAAGAAGUAUCCCAAUCCCUCUCUACAAUGGUUCUACCGCAUAUUGCAAGCUCUGGCUCUGGAGGAAGACAUGCCAGAAAAGCCCGAUGACAAGACAUUGCCGCGUUACCGUCAGAUCGACAAACGGGCAGGCGAGUAUGUUCUCGAUUGGGGCGCUGAACUCGAGGAACAAUACGAAAUCUGGAAGAUGGCCAACGCUGGUCGUCACACCGCUACAGGUGCGACUAAGCGUGGCUCAGCAGCAGCGGGUGAAAGCGGCAAAAGAACCAAGACUGUCGCCGAAGCAACGUCCAAGUCGAGUGAUAUGAUCAGCGAUGAAGAGAUGCGCAAGGCCUUUGAGACGAACAAGAUCAACAAACUGACGGUUGCGGUGCUCAAGGCUUGGUGUAAGCAGAAGGGAAUCAAGCUGCCGACAGCUGCAAAGAAAGGUGAUGUCGUUGAUGAAGUCACGAGUCAUUUCGAGAACAAGAUGGUUCUCUGA